AUGGGUCAAUAUAAUGGGCGGAGUCCACGGCAGCAGCGGGCCUUUGCCCAGGCAGCGGAAACCGUGGCUGCCAGGUUCACAGCAUACGUGAGGAGGACUUUCAUGGUUGAACAGCAGGCAGCGGUCCUGAGCCCCGAAAACCUGAUAGAGGAGUUCAAGAAGAACGGUGUCACCCAUGUGGUGACCAUUCCUGACAGCGAGACCAACUACCUUUAUGAGUUGAUGAAGGAGCAGCCCUGGCUGGACAUUGUCCCUGCUUCCCGAGAAGGUGAGACAUUCGCCAUAGCCCUGGGGCUGAUAAUUGGCGGCAAGAAGCCGGUGUGCCUGAUUCAGAACACGGGCAUGAUGGAAUCGGGCGACUCCAUCAGGGGUAUGGCCCUGGACUCCGGUUUCCCACUGGUUAUGGUGGUAGGCUAUCGUGGCUGGAACCGCCACGGCGUAAUAACCGACUCGGUGGCCCGCUAUACCGAGCCGUUCCUGAACGCCUAUCGCAUCAACUACUACCUGGUGGAGCAGGACGCCGACGCUGAGCGUAUCUCCACAGCCUUCGAGGAGGCGCGGACUACCAAGCGGCCCGUAGCUAUCCUGGUGGGCGACGAAUACCACGGGUUCAACCGCUAG